GUAUGUCAUAAAAUGGUAGAAGAUGGGACGGGGGUGCCAAGAUUAGUCUCACUGAGCAGUUGCCCCGGUUUCUGUGGCCGUCAAGCGUUCACAUGGUCGCCUGGCAACAUAACAUAUUCGGAUUGUCAGGCUUGCAAUUGGGGUUAUCGAAGUAUCGACAAGUUGCUUUGUUCGUCCUGUGUUGAUCUCUUACCUCUCUACGAUUGGCUUUAUCUCAUUUUCCCUUUUAGCAUACGGCAGCACUUGUUCCUGCAGCAUCUCUCGUGUUUGCUGGAAUGCGUCGUUUCUGCCCUCUUCACUGUCCUCAUUAUGCCACCGCGCGGUUCUCCAUUACUUUAUGGUUGCGCCAAGAGCUCACUUCGUGAAUGGUACCCCAUCUUUUACAAUCCAGUCGUUAAUCAUAGCCAUACAAUGCGAUGUGCGCAAGAAAUAGUCUUUCCACUUUUGCGGGAAUACUGGCUUGCGUACGAAUCGAGUAACCACCUCCAGAUGACAGUGUUCGGUAAAGAAAAUACGAAUAUUUUUGGCAUUAAGAUUUUUAUUAAUCUCUCUAGAAAAGCAGCUGAAGAUAGCCAUUAG